AUGAAGGUCACCAAUCUUGCCCUCGCCGGUGUUGAGCCCCGGCGCUCAAGGGUAGCUGCCGGCAGCAUUUUCACCACAGAAGCUGGACACGGCGCCUACCUACGCGCCGCGCUCGGUGAAGUCCGCUUCACCCAGGCCUUCACAAACCCCCUCGAGUUAAUCGAGAUGAACACCGUCGCCUCUCCCUUCAUUACACCAUGUCCCUCCAACAACGGCGCGCUGCCAAUUAAGGCACCGCCCUCCCUGUUGACGAGCUCAGUGGACGCUGUCAGGACAGGCUCGCAUGUGCAGCUGAUUCCUGGCAACGGCUUCAAUACAAGCAACAGCGACAUCAACGCCGCCUGUACUACCGUCAACGGUCCGGUCUAA